CCAAUUGUCAGAUGAAAUUAAAUUUUCACAACAAAUAAUUUCGAAUUUAUUUUUUAUUUUUUUUGAAUCAAAAUCAUCAGCCAUCAAUAUGAGUAACCCAUGGUUAUUGGAUACGAUCGAUAAAAAUGUUGAAAAAUCUAAACAUUGCUUUGAUGAUAAUUUCAAAACGAUUAAUUCAACCAACAAUGGAGAAUUGAAUGAAAAUGGCCUUUGUUUACCCGAUUCACAAAAAUAUCUUCAUUAUCUAGAAAAUCGUCUCCAUAAAUUAAAUUCCGGUCCACAACAAACGGAUAAACAGGCUAAAAAAAUGCUCAAAGAUUUAGCAUUAAAACGUGAUGGUUUAUUCGAUUUCAUCGAUACAAUAAAUUCCGAUACAAUUUCCAUAACCGAAAACAAUGAUAGUCCAAAGAAUCCAAUUUCAACAGCCAUAACCAAUACGAAUUUAUAUGAUACAAUGGAACGAAAACUUUUUCCACAUUUACAUUCAAUCGAUCCUGAAGAAUCGAAAAAAUUGCUUAAUCAUGAUAUUCUAAAUUCAAUCAAUUCAAAACAACAAGAUAAUCAAAAAGACAAUGAUCCAUCAAAUGACAAUGAAAAGAAUGAAGAAUCCAAAUGAAUUCCAAUUUUUUUGAAAAAUUUGUCAAAUUUUAUUUGAGAAAAAAAUCAUAAAAAACGAAUGUAGCGCCAUCCUUAGUCGAGCAAUCGGUUGGGUAUACUUUUUUGGUUAAA